ACCCUAAGACUUACUAUUAUUAUUAUAUAAACCAAAUAUCGAUCCCAUCUAUGCAUUUGAGAUGAGCAGUGAUGUAAUGAUGAGUUCAGGCAAAAGGAAACAACAAUUUGAAGACAAAUCGGACGAAGAUUUGAAUAAAAGGUCCAAAACUUUAUUCAAUGACAAGCCAUCGUUCAGUGAUGUCCACAAAGCGUACGACUAUUUGCGGUCAUUAUUCCCGACCGAAAAGUUUGGCCAAAGGAUACCAACCAUUGUUUGGAGACAUCAAUUGUAUCCUCUCUUCCACAACAAGACACUCAUUGAUCGCCAAUUGAAUGCGUGGUCCGAAUCGGCUUACAUACGGCUCUUCAGAUUGGGAUCAACUAUCGAUGAUAACGAAGUGGUCAUUAUAUUGAUGUCCGACUUUCAGGACUACGUCCAUAAGUUUGUCCCCAAAACUAUUAUAACCGGCCCGGUGAAAGACGAGUCUGUGCCAAACGCCGGCGAAUUCGCCAAAAGUUUUGAUUUCGGCAAAAAGUUUUUGCUUUCAAUUAUCAAGAAAUGUAAAUAUAAAGAGAUUUUGGGUUCGGAACUAAUGAAGAAACGACUUCCCAAAGACAUGAAGUUUAGUUUGGAGUAUCAUAUCUACGAUCUCAUCGGCUCUCAAGUCAUUCACACAGUCGAGACUCCAAACGACACACUCCUCAGAAUGACCUGAAAACUAAUUUACCAUAAGAUAUCAUCAAUUUAUAAAUUCCGGGCAUUUAUUUAUAUUAAUACAAUGAAUUUAAGACUUAAUUCAAGUCUAAUGUUUUUAUAUAAAAUUUUCAAUUAUUGUUAAGUUUAAUGAA